GUCCUCCAUCGCCAAUAGAGCACGAAAAUAAUAUCCAGCUAUGUUUUUUACGAGGACUGGUCGUCGACAUGCUCGAAUGGCACAUAUAACCGGGAUUUCCGAAGGAUGUUUAACCGCCGGCUUGUGACGUCACGCUAAUCCCUGCUUCCGUCAUUAAUAAAUUAGUUCCGUCAUUAAUAAAUAAUAAAUAAAUUCCGUCAUUAAUAAAACCUCUAGAUACUGUUAGCUAGAAGCUAAAGUGGAACACCAGACGGCCUUUAAACCGAAACCGCCAGUGAGGCGCCUUGGCGUUCGAGAGCGGCUCCGCUUUUCGGAUCUCGAUGAUCUAUUCUAGACCUCCAGCCGCAGAGGAGCCCAACGGAAGUAGCCCGGGGGAAAAUUUUAGUUGUGGGGUUCCGGUUCUGGAUUGUUUUUGCUCCCCUCCCGCAACGAGGCCGCGGUUCGUUAUGUCCGCCCCGCAGCUGAUCCUGGAGAGAACUGGUGGCUGUUUCCCACAGAGAGAAGCGUGGUCCCUGGUCUAAAAGAGAGGGGAAGGGUUAAAGUUCUCGUGGGCCCAUUGACAACAGCCCGGGCUGUGCUGCAACACUGCAUUCCCGACAACUCGAAAGAUGCCUUCCGAGGAAUCCAGCCCUCUUUUGGGCACCAGGCGUGAGCCGACAGAAAGCCAGAGAGUCACUGCACUGGAUAUUUAUCUAAGCAGAGUCCAGAACCGGAAUCUCUACCUGGCCACGUUUGCUGCUGUGUUGGGUCCGCUGAGUUUUGGGUUUGUCCUCGGUUAUAGCUCUCCAGCUAUUCCAGCCCUGAAGAAAAGCAUCAUCCCAGAAUUAAGACUGGAUGACAACCAAGCAUCUUGGUUUGGGUCUAUAGUAACUCUGGGAGCUGCAGCUGGCGGAAUCCUGGGAGGUUACAUGGUGGAUAAAGUUGGCAGGAAGCUGAGCCUGAUGCUUUGUGCGCUCCCAUAUGUUAUCGGCUUCACAAUAAUCAUUGCUGCCCAGAACAUCUGGAUGCUUCAUGUCGGCCGGCUGCUGAACGGCUUGGCCAGCGGUGUCACAUCUUUAGUGGUUCCGGUAUAUAUUUCUGAAGUGGCCCAUUCCAAGGUUCGAGGAAUGCUGGGUUCAUGCGUUCAGCUGAUGGUGGUGACGGGCAUCCUAGGAGCAUACAUGGCAGGCAUGCAGCUUGAGUGGCACUGGCUGGCCGUUCUGGGCUCCAUCCCCCCCUGCUUCAUGCUCGGGAUCAUGGCUUUCAUGCCUGAGACGCCUCGUUACUUGCUGCGUCAGAAUAAGCGCUCCGAAGCUAUUGCUGCUCUGCAGUUUCUGCGGGGACCCCUGGUGGACCACGAGUGGGAAUGCAGUGAGAUUGAAGCAAGCAUGGGCGAGCAGCCACAGAAACUGGGCAUAGCGGAGUUCAAGAAUCCAGCCAUCUACAAGCCGUUCCUAGUUGGAGUCACCAUGAUGUUCUUCCAGCAAGCGUCAGGGAUCAACGCCAUCAUGUUUUAUGCGGAAACGAUCUUUGAGGAGGCCAACUUCAAGGACAGCAGUGCCGCUUCUGUCAUUGUGGGGCUCAUCCAACUCUUUUUCACAGCUGUGGCUGCUCUCUGCAUCGACAGGAUGGGAAGGAAAAUCCUUCUUGUUGUAUCAGGGGUCAUCAUGGCCAUCAGUGCAGCAGUGUUUGGAAUGUAUUUCAAAAUAGCAGCCCCAAGUCUUGGAAACUCUUCCCGCAUCGACCUACUGGGUGCCGCCCUCGUGGAGGAAGAGUACCACCUCUCGUGGUUGGCUGUGUUGAGUCUGAGUCUCUUCAUCAUGGGCUUUGCCCUGGGCUGGGGCCCCAUUCCAUGGCUGGUGAUGUCUGAAAUAUUCCCCCUCCGAGCACGAGGAGCUGCCAGCGGUGCCUGUGUUUUAACUAACUGGUUGAUGGCGUUUCUGGUAACCAAAGAAUUUCAUGACUUCAUGGUUUUCCUGACUCCUUAUGGUACAUUCUGGCUGUUCGCUGCUGCUUGUCUUCUCAAUGUGCUCUUCACUGCACUCUGCGUACCCGAAACCAAAGGAAAGACCCUAGAAGAGAUAGAGACUUACUUCCAGGGAUCGUAUCAGCCACCUGCAUUCUAAGGGAGGGACUCUGAAGUCUUUCCUCCAGGAUUUUGUCACGGCCGUUGGCUGAUGGGGCCAAAAUCUUCCUGUUUUAAGGAGACUCUUAUGAAUUCCAUGGGGACCCACCAGUCCAGUUCAGUUUUUAAUCACUGUAAUUGGAGAGGCAAAGGUGGACUGUAUCUGUGAGGGCUGAUUACAGCAUUACUAGAGGAGUAAUGAUGCUGAACUUUCUGAAAUAUGUUUUCCUCCAAUCUUUGGCUAUGCCAUGAUAUCUGUCUUCCAUUGUGCCUGUUGGUUGCUGCUUCGAAAGGUAAGUUUUACAAAAGCAGAGCCCUGGUAGCCUAGUUGUUCCGUUACAAGGCUGUAGCCACAGAGAAAUUUGAUGGGCACAGCAAAAUAGACCUACCUCAUUGCCAGAACGGCCACUGUCUUUAGGCGAAAUAGGCAACAGCAGAGUAAGGCGUUGCUGGCCUGUUUCAUCAGUCCCGAACCCCCCCCCCCCCCCCCGAAUUUUCAGUUUUUCUUUUCUAAAAAGUCUGUAGGCCUGGGGUGCCCAACUCUGGCGCUUCAGAGGUUCAUGACUAUGGCAGCAGGGGCUAAUGAGAAUUGUAGUCCAUGAACAUCUGAAGCGCCAGAGUUGGACACCACUGCUGUUGGCCUUUUGACAUACAAAGGCAUCAGGUCAAGCCUACAACAGGAUUCUAGCCGUUUUCUCAGCAGGAUGGACACAUCCUUCACCCUUCUAGUGUUCUAAGCAGUGGUGGGAUUCAGCCGGUUCGCACCACUUCGGCAGAACCGGUUAUUAGAAUGGUGCUCUUAAACAACCAAUUGUUAAAUUAUUUGAAUCCCACCACUGGCUCUAAGCAACGUGUGCAAAGUCCCUAGAUGAAAUGUCGAGCAACUGGCUUUUUGGCGGGUU